CAUUCUUCGCCUCUGGUUCGAAUUCUCAGACCGAUCCGAAAACAUAGACACGACCGAAGAAAGCCGGGGAACAGGGGAGCGGUGGACAGAAGACAGAAGACAGAAGACAGCGGACAGAAGAGCAGAAAAUAACAAAAAUCCAUUUCUAUAUGCCCGACAUCGAGACCGAGAUGUGUACAUGAACGCAGUUCCUGCUCGCAGACCGGUCGUCCGUAGCAUCGUUGUGCUCCACGGUUCCAAAGUUCAGCGAGGGGACCGAAGAAGAGUCGGGGGCGGAGAGUCCGAGUUCGAGUCCUGCGCGUAGGAGAAAGAACCGCCCGAAGAUUUGUUGUAAUGGUGCACGGGCGCUGGAGCUUCUGUGAGAGCGUCGAGGACCCAAGCUUCAGGAAGGAGCACUACGAGUACACCCAGAGCCAGCACCGAUAGGC